AUGCCCUUGGACUACGUCACGUCCCUCACUCAAGUUGCCACAAAGCACAAGUUGCAAUUGCAGUACGAUGACGAGAAUAUGGAGACCGCCCGUGGUAUCUGUCAUGCUACUGGAGUCCUUGGUAUGGACAAGUACGUGAGCCACAUUGUCCGCAAGGUUGAUGGCAUCCUUCAUGGUCUUCCGUCUUAUCAGGAAUUAGACGCCGUGGUGAUUCGCCACGUUCGCUAUCCACGCUUCUACAAGAUCGCUGUCCAGAACUUCGCUUAUAAGACCAUUAACGAGGCCAACGUCAAGCACGACGAAGACUGGGUUGUCGCUCAAGCCAAGCAGGAUCAGCGCGCGCAGCAAGAAGAUCGCGUCGCACGCGAGAAGCAGUUCUGGGAGACAAAGAAGGCCAACAGCACCAAGAUGCGUAAGUCGACUGAGGCGAAGCUGCGUGCGUCUGGAAACGCGCGUAAGCUCACCCCUGAGGAGCGUACUUGGUACGUCAAGAACCAGGGCAAGCAGCCGCCCAAGGGCUGUUAG